AUGGUAGCCAUUCUGCGUGAAAAGUAUAUGCCUUUGACUGCAAUUCAUCAGACGCUUAAUAUUUCUUGGCCAUUGCACAAAAAUCUCUGCUCUAAACUCAACUUUUGCACCCAAAUAUCAAAUCCCAGUUUGCAGUUUUCAGAAUCUGAAAAGGGAGAAAGAGUAGAGGAAGAAGAAAAGAGCCUAAGCUGGAGGAUUGAGAAACUACCAAGAGGAGAACCAGUUUCAUCGGCGUUCCGGAGCUGGAUGGGCAAUGGCUUUCCCAUUCAUAAGGGCGACAUUUUUCACACUAUCAACCGUUUGCGCAAGCUCAAAUCCAACAGGCGAGCCCUCGAGGUGAUGGAAUGGGUGAUAAGGGAGAAGCCCUACAGGCCAAAGGAACUAGAUUACUCCUACUUAAUUGAGUUCACAACUAAGCUUCAUGGAGUCUCACAAGGUGAGAGCCUCUUCUCUCGUAUCCCAUCUGAGUUCCAAAACGAGUUGCUUUACAACAAUCUCGUACUUGCAUGCUUGGAAAAAGGCUUGAUAAGGCUUUCAUUGGCAUACAUGAAAAAAAUGAGAGAGUUUGGCCAUCCCAUAUCAUACUUGGUUUUCAACCGCCUGCUUAUACUUCAUUCGCACCCCAGUCGGAAGAAAGCUAUUAUGAAGAUUUUAACACAGAUGAAAGCUGAUAAAGUGGUUCCGCAUGUGUCUACUUAUAAUAUUCUGAUGAAGAUAGAAGCUAAUGAACACAAUAUUGAGGGUUUGGCAAAGGUACUUGGUGAUAUGAAGCGAGCAAUGGUUGAGCCGAACGAGAUAUCUUACUGCAUUUUGGCCACUGCGCAUGCUGUAGCUAGGUUGUACACUGUAUGCGAGUCCUAUGUUGAAGCUAUUGAGAAGUCUAUAUCAGGACACAACUGGUCAACAUUCGAUAUUCUGGUAAUAUUGUAUGGAUAUUUAGGGAAACAUAAGGAGCUGGCAAGAGCAUGGGGCACAAUUCAAGAGCUUCCGCAUGUUAGGUCGAAGAGUUUUGUGCUUGCAAUCGAAGCAUUUGGUAAGAUUGGAGAUCUGACUCGAGCUGAAGAGCUAUGGAUUAAAAUGAAAUCGGAGAAGGGGUUGAAAUCAACUGAACAGUAUAAUUCAAUGAUAUCUGUGUACUGCAGACAUGGCCUAAUUUCUAAAGCCACUGGAUUAUAUAAAGAAAUGGCGGGUAGUGGUUGCAAACCAAAUGCUAUAACAUUCCGACAUCUUGCUCUUGGAUGCAUGAAAGCAGGACUAAAAAAUGAAGCUAUUAAAACUCUGGAAUUAGGGAUGGAUUUCUCAACAAGCUUAAGUGUCAGACGGUCAACUCCAUGGCUAGAGACUACACUUUCAAUAGUCGAAAUUUUUGCAGACAACGGUGACGUAGAAAACGCUGAAAAAUUGUUUGAAGAAUUGAAGAAAGCAAAUUAUACAAGGUAUACUUUUGUCUACAAUGCAUUGUUUAAGGCAUAUGUUAAGGCCAAGGUUUAUGAACCAAAUCUUCUUAAAAGGAUGAUCCUUGGAGGGGCUAGGCCAGAUUCUGAGACCUAUAGCCUAAUGAAGCUCAUUGAGCAAUUUCGUUCAUGA